AUGUUGGCCUAUUCUAGUAGUGAAAUCUGUUAUGUAUGCACAAAACGUUGUAUUCGCUUAUAUGUAAAAACUCGUUGGUUAUUAGGUUUAAAUGCUAUACAGAUUCAUGAUGAAUUAACUGCUGCUUAUGGACAAGGUAUUGUUUCAUAUAGUACAGUUGCUCAUUGGAUUGAUCGAUUUUCAAGUGGACGAGAGUCGUUGGAAGAUAAUCGUCAUAAUGGUCGUCCAAUAAUUGUCAUUACUCAANCAAUAGAAGCAUAUACAAGUGAAGACUCACCAGAAUGUGAUGCAGUUAAAAAUUUACUUCGCGAUCGCAUUGAUGAAUAUGUUAAAGAAGUCUUAAUACCAUAUUUUUCUCCUUUGAUUACAUUUGUUCGUGAUAGUGAUCAAUUUUUAUCCGAUGGCAAUAUAAAACAAUUAGAAAAUAAAUUAACAAUAAUUAGUAAAUUAUUUAGUGGUGAUUUUAAAAAAACAUUUGAUUUAAUUCAUAAUGAUGUUAUGCGUUCAUUUCCAUCUCUUAAACUUAGUCAACCAAUUCUUAAAGAAGUUUUUACACAAUUUUUAUCUUAUUAUCAUGAUUUUCAACGUUUAUUAUCCAACAAUACAAAUUUAAAAACUGCAUCGUCAAAUAUAUCAUUACCUAAUGUUCAUCAAUUAAUGGUUGAAAUUAAAAAAUUCAAAUUACCUUUUGAUGGUGAUCAAUUUAAACCACGUUCAUAG